AUGGUAUUUCCCAAAGCUAAUCUUCCACAAUCUGCCCACAAGGCCCUGCCAGGCUCGGCCAACCUAGCAAACCUCCUUCCAACAGGCACCGUCUUCGCCUUCCAAGCCAUUAUACCUUCCUUCUCCAACAAUGGAAGAUGCGAAGCGGCUCACAAGUACAUGACCUUGGGUGCCAUCAUACUGUGUUCGCUUGCUUGCUUCUUAUCUUCCUUCACUGACAGCUUCUUGGGCGAAGAUGGCAAGCUUUACUACGGUAUUGCCACUUACAAAGGACUUUACAUAUUCAACGAUGAUAACGAUGAUGCUCUCGACUUGGAGAAAAACAAGGAAGCCAAGGAAAUGCUGAAGAAGUACAGACUCACUGCCAUAGACUUCGUUCAUGCCUGUUGCUCCUUGACUUUGUUCUUAGUCAUUGCAUGCAGCAGCUUCGACGUUCAACGUUGUUACUUUCCUAAACCGGGGCCUAACGGUGAUGCACUGAUGGCAAACUUGCCAUUAGCAGCUGGGAUUUUGGCUAGUGGGUUGUUCAUGCUUUUCCCAACCAAACGAAGAGGGAUUGGGUACGCUGACAGGCUUGAAUCUGAUCAUGGCGAUAGAAAGGAAGAGAAAGAGUCCCUGAAGAAAGGUGACAUGGAGCCACUACCUCGCAGCAAAACUACACCUAACUAA